GUGAAGUCAGUCCUCCGGAGAGGAGUCGGGAGGAGGCUUCGGUGGGACUGCUUUACCUGAGCUGACGCGGUCCGCCUUGCAGGGUAGAGGAUCUGUGACCUCUGAAGUUUAAGGAUAACCUGCUUCCCUUCUUUCAGCAGCUACGAUGAAUAAGGGUGUAAAUACCUAUUCCAGUGGCUUGCGGGAGACCCCUGGUGCCAGUAUCGUCCUCUACUACUUCCUGGAGAACUCCUCCGACUGUGGUUUUACUUCGGAGCUUUGUGCUUUGAAAAACAAAUUGUUGAUUCCAGAGUCACACUUUCUGGGUGAUGAUGAUGGGGACCUUCAGACAGAUGGCAACAGUUUUGGGCGAAUCCCAACCAGGGAGCCAGACAAUGAGGAAAUAUUUCGGCUUAUUGGAGCCCAGCUGGCUGUAAUUGGAGACAGACUGGCUGCUGAGAUUGAGCCAUCAUUCGUAAACAACCUGGCGCGGCAGUUUGUGGCAGAGAACGUGCCCAAAGAGGAGAUAAGCAAGCACCUGUCUCAGGCAGUGCAGGCACUUGUGAGAAGGAUGCCCUCGGAUAUGCAACAGGAGAGAGCCAUGUUGGUGGCAGCAAUGGUUUUGGCCAAACAAGUAGCAAACAAAGCACCAUCCGUUCUACAGCAAGUGUUCAGUGUGACUGUGAAUUUCAUCAACCGCAAUCUCCGUGAUUAUCUGAACGACUUGGAACCUGAGAGUUGAACAAAGAGAAGGUGACAUGUCGGCCUACAAGACAUUAUUUUUUGACUCUGUCUUGAAUGAGAGGUGUGAUUUUUAGUUUUUGUUUUUUAAAGGAACUACUACCAUUUGCUGAUAUGUUUGCAGUUUUUAUUGAUAGUAUUUAGCUGCUUACCAAGCUUUAAUGUGCCACUUCUCAGCCAUCUUUUUCUACUUGAAACACUUGGUCCUGCUCUACCCCCAUCUCAGGACAAAAAUGGCAAAUUGACUAUUUUUCUCGGGGUUGUAGUUUUGACAAUUUCAUCCCCAUUGCAAAGAAGAGUAGAAACUAAUAACAGCCUGGAGACUUUCUACCAUUUGCCAACCGGGUCAGAACACUUGGGAUUUCUUGUAAAACUACUAAGCCUGAAAAAUGUGACUAAAUCUACCUGGAUAUACUUGAUAACACCAGCUUUAAUUUGUACAGUGAACUACUUCAGGAGGGAGUAAUUGUUGCCAGCCUUGGGCACUAAUAUGCAUAAAGCUUUAUUCAUCUGAGGGACAAUACUACAUCUGCUGCCACAUGAUUCCCAGCUUAGACCAGGUUCAUCAUAUCAGUUCACCUGAAAGUUGUCUCUGAAGAAAUUAGUGCUAUAAAUACCUGUUUGCUGUCCAGUUCCAGGGAGAUCGCCAUUACAAGUUCAAGUGACUUCUGUAAAUUCCUAAGUUGCUUUUUCUAAAGUCGUAAAAAUUAAA